ACCAUCAUAUUCUCAUUUCAAUGCUAUUACUCUAAUCCAAGCUCCAUCAAGUUUUAUUUUUGCAACAUCAUGUUGAUGGUAACCAAAAAACCGAAUCUAUUUUUCAUCGUAAUCAUCCUAAACAUAUUCGUCCUUUCAGUGUCUCAAGAUAUCACUUGCAAUGACAACGCGAAUUUCACCUUAAACGGCACGUACCAAAGUAAUCUUGAUAAUGCUUUGUCGUCCUUGACAUCUGAUACCAGCAUCAGUUACGGGUUCUACAGCCAGUCUGUUGGUCAAGCCCCCGAUCAAGCCAACGUGAUCGGGCUAUGUAGAGGCGACGUUGAGCCAGCCGAUUGUCGGAGGUGCAUAAAUGAAGCUAGUGCAAGAAUACGAGAUACUUGCCCAAACCAAAAGGGUGCAAUUGGUUGGGUUGGUAACUGUAUGUUAAGGUACUCUAAUGUGACCAUUUUGGGAACUGAUCCAGACACUCGCGUUGCACGGAUCUCGUCUAACCCUAAUAACGCGUCCAACGUGGACCAGUUUAACCAAGGACUCAACAGGCUGUUGAAUCAACUUAGAAACGAUGCUUCAAGUGGCGGAUCUCUUCGUAAAUACGCAGCUAACAGCACGGAUGGACCGGGGUUUACGACCAUUUACGGGUACAUGCAGUGCACACCGGAUUUAUCAGAAAUUCAGUGUUAUAAUUGCUUGGAUAGUGCAGUUAGGUUUAUUCCAGAAGGUCGACGUGGAGCAAGCAUUUACUAUCCUAGUUGCAUUUUUAGAUAUGAAGAUUACAGAUUUCUUAAUGCUACGGUGGAUCUUGCACCACCAUCGCCACCACCAACACAGUCAUCUCCACCACCACCACCUCCACUGUCACCUUCAGGCAGCAGUAGUAACACUGCAGUUAUUGUAGUCAUCGUCGUAGUUGCAAGCCUAAGUCUUGUGAUAUUUGUGGUGAUUUUCGUUUGUGUCUUCAUGAGAAGAAAAGGAAAGCAGGAAGCACGACCACAGGAGAAUUUAGUUUAUGAGGGGGGAGACACCAACGAAAUUAGUACAGCUGAAUCGUUGCAAUAUAGCUUCGGUAUAAUUAAAGCAGCAACAAAUGAUUUCUCAGAGAACAAUAAGCUCGGUCAAGGUGGCUUUGGUUUGGUUUAUAAGGGUAAGUUACAAGACGGACAAGAAAUAGCUGUGAAGAGGUUGUCUAGGGAUUCGGGGCAAGGGGAACAAGAAUUUAAGAAUGAGGUUUUGUUACUUGCGAGGCUGCAACAUCGAAACUUGGUUCGGCUUCUAGGAUUUAGCCUAGAAGGGUCCGAACGACUUUUGAUGUAUGAGUUUGUACAAAAUGCAAGUCUAGAUAAAUUUAUAUUCGAUCCAACAAAGCGUGUGGUUCUUGAUUGGGAAAGAAGAUACAAAAUUUUAGGAGGUGUUGCGAAGGGCCUUUUGUAUCUACACGAGGAUUCACGACUAAAGAUAAUUCAUCGAGACCUAAAAGCUAGUAACAUUUUGUUGGAUUCCCAAAUGAUUCCGAAAAUCGCAGAUUUUGGUAUGGCAAGGUUGUUCACACCCGAAGAAACCCAAGCUAACACUAGUCGAAUCGUUGGAACAUAUGGAUACAUGGCACCUGAGUACGCAAUGCACGGUCAGUUUUCAGUAAAAUCAGACGUGUUCAGUUUUGGUGUAUUGGUACUUGAAAUUGUAACUGGGCAGAAGAACCACACUUUCCAGAACGGGGUGGUGAUUGAAGAUCUUCUUAGUCAUGCAUGGAAAAGCUGGAGAGAUGGGACAGCCUCAAGUUUAAUUGAUCCUGUAUUGAGAGACGGAUCCAAUUCUCUACGUGAUAUGAUUCGAUGCAUCCAUAUUGGUCUAUUAUGUGUUCAAGAAGAUUUAAAUGAGAGACCAACUAUGGCCUCAGUUGUUCUCAUGCUUGGUAGCUUAUCUCUAACCCUCCCGGUCCCUUCAGAGCCUGCCUUUUUUGUGCACACGAACACGAACACGAAUCCUGAAAAACCCUUGUUCGAAGAGUACACUUCAAGUACUAGUCAUCCUAAUCAGUUGAAAAGUAAAUCAAGAUCUUCACAACGGUCUGUAGCAAGUGAUAUUUCUAGGAACGACCUACACUCUCGAUAGAUGAAUUGUUAUGGUUAUUCUUUGGGAUCGAAGUCAUAUUUAAUAUUUGCUAUUGAGACAAUUAUUCAUGUUUUGAACUGUGGGUUGUAUCUUUAAUUUAUGUAUAUAUGUUUGGAAUGCAUCAUUUUAGG